AUGGCCGAAUACGAGGCUUGUAUCUUUGGUAUUGAAGCUGCUAUCGAUCUUAGAAUCAAAAUCCUGGAAGUCUAUGGGGACUCAGCCUUGGUAAUCAGCCAAGUCAAAGGAGAUUGGGAUACUAGGGAUCAUAAGCUCGUUCCUUACAAAGAGCAUGUCUUGAAACUAGUCCCCUACUUCGAUGAGAUUACAUUCCACCACAUCCCUCGAGAAGAGAAUCAGCUAGCUGACGCUUUGGCAACUUUGGCGUCCAUGUUUAAAGUUAAAUGGAAGAACGAAGCGCCAUCCUUUCACCUGAACUACUUGGACGAACCUGCUUAUUGUCUGGCAGCAGAAGACGAAGCUGACGGUCAUCCUUGGUUCCAUGACAUCAUGAAAUUCUUAGAAAACCAAGAGUAUCCUGCGGACGCGUCCAUCACCGACAAGAAGUAUCUUCGAAAACUGUCAUCCAAAUUUUUCUUAAGUGGAGGGUGGGAGCACUAUGGUGAAGAAAAUUUUAAGGGUCGGAUACUAUUGGAUGACUAUGGAGAUUGA